AUGCCACUUCUUCGUAAUGGUAUCAAACUAGAUGGUUCAGUACAUGAAAUGACAUAUAAAGAUGACAAAGAUAUAAAAAGGCCUAAAGGAAUUAAACGAGUACUUGAAGAAUCUGAGACAAAACGUUAUGCAAGACUUGAUUAUAAUUACACUUUUAAAGACCUCAAAAAAGCUGUUCCAAAAGCAUUAGACUCUGUUAAUUUAAUAAAGAUUCAUUGGUUUGCUUACUGUUCUGCAUGCUUUAUGAGUGUUUAUGAACUUGGACUUUCUAGAAAGACUGCUGUCAAUGCAGUAAAAAAAUAUCAUUCUCAUCGUCGAAUUCUAGAAAAAGUUCUUAAAGAAUUUAUUUAUGACUAA